UAUUUACGUAAAACCAAUUAAUUUGGCCAUUUAUUUCUUUAACUACCGGAUCAAAGCUUCACAUAGUUAAAACAUUUGUGGGUGGGUUGCGGUAGCUAUAAAUUUAAAUGCCGAUAAUUGUUUAAGAAAUAGGCAUUUAUUUGGUGUGUUUAUUUUGGUGGUGACAAAUUUUCAAGUAUAGGUACUCACUGCGCUUAUCUAACGCGAGUGGUAACAAUUGGAUGAUUGAAAAUGAUACCAGAUAAUGUGACGUUGAUUGUUAAGGCUCCAAAUCAACAGAUUGAAGACCAGAACAUAGAAUGCCAAUCCUCAUGGACCGUAAGGCAGUUGAAGGGACACCUUUCGGAAGUUUAUCCCAGCAAACCGAGAACAGAAGAACAAAAGAUAAUAUACUCAGGACAACUGUUAGAAGAUAACACAAUUCUAAAAGAUGUGUUACGAACAUACGAAAGCCAAAUUGCUCACACAAUGCAUCUAGUCUGUACACCGAGCAGAAAAAUGCCGGAGCCCCAGCCUGAGCCUAACACUGAUGGGUUGAGACAAAGGAACGUCGACACCGAACAGAGGCCGGUCGAGACCGCUCGACCUGAAACCAGACAGAAUGAUCAAAAUCAUACUGUGGAAAUGCAAAAUUAUUUGAGUUCCUUUGUCAAUAAUUAUGGCCGGGUACCACCAUACCCAAAUUAUAAUAUGGGAGAAGGCUAUCUCCCAGUGCCGAACGAUCCAGCCUCUCUAGCCAACCACAUGAUGAUGAUGCAGCAGGCCUACUUGCAAUACAUGCAGCAGUAUGCCAACAUGUGGCAAGAGCCAGGUGCGGUUCCAGGGGCCGUGAACGAGCCGCCCGUGCCGCCGGCGGCGGCCGAGCCCCCCGCGCCUCCCGCUGAUGACGAGGAAGUGAUUCACCGCGACUGGCUGGACCAUCUCUACUCGGCCUCUCGCCUCGCCAUUUUGUUCUCACUCGUGUACCUGUACGGAAGCCCGGCGCGUUUUUUGCUGGUUUUAUUGUUGGCUGCAGCUGGAUACCUGCACCAAAUCGGCUUUUUCCGCGACCUUCAAAUGAAUCCCCAAGAGAACGCCCGCCCACCACCGCCACCGCGUGCGAACCGUGUAAACAACCGCGACAACAUCCCCGACAACCAACAACCAAACCAGGCACCUCGCGAAACCCGCGAAACUAUCGACAAUAACGUUACAAAUAACGUCAACGACAACCAACAGUCGUUAUUAGCCGUUACAUGGAUGAUUUUCACUUCGUUCUUUGCGUCGUUAAUACCCGACACUAAUUAGUGGAAUUGCGUUUUUUUUUUUUGUUUAAUUUAUAUCUGUAAAAAUUAUGUGUUAAACGAAUCUUCGCUCAGACUGUAACUGGACUAUCGCAAAGCCCGAAGCGGACAAAAUUUCUUAUUGGUACUAUUAAAAAAAAAAACUUCGUAUUCUAACGUCAGUCGUAAAAGACACGACAGCGUGACCGGGAGUGUAACGCAGGAGCUAUGGAUUGCAAAAUCCUAAGACAGCAAAUCGGUUUAUAUACGGACAGUUCUAAUAUAAGGACAUUUCAUGUUGUAUUUCAUUCAUUUACGUCACACCCUAAAACAUGGAAUACUGAAUCGUACAAUGUAAAUAACAAUUGUAACUUAUAAACAUUCUUGCUAUAUGGGACAAUGUUAUGUCGUGGAAAAAUAAUCUGGACCUCUGUCAUGAGUUAAUUGCCGCUGGUAACCGUUUCAGAUUGUUGACAAUUUUGUAUGGCAAAUUGCAACUGCGAAUAUAAGACACAUUCCAACGAGAAUUGUCUUAUAUUCAGCUGUAUGUAUAUUAUUACGUUGACCGUUUAGUACAUCUACCUUUACGCCAGAGCGCACCUUUGUGUGUACGUGCGUAACUUAGUUUCGAGCGGAAAAUUGAUAUUUUUGUCUAAGAUUGUCCAUGAAAAAUGAUAUGAAUUUUUAAUGUAUCAUAAUUUUUGUCAAUCGCGUAUAUAAUAAAAGUGUAGUUUUUAGCUGCCAAUUUUACGGAAAUCGCAAAAAGCUUUUAUUUUGCUUAACCAACGCCAUCUAGUGGCAAUUAGAUUACAUAAAACCGCGACGAUAAGCCUUAACAAUAUUACGAAUUGCUAGCGACAUUUUUAAUAUUAUCUAAAAAAGAGACGAACUUAAAAUAACGAAUUUGCCAUUGGAAUUUUGUACUCGUAUUAAUAAAUCGAUCUGAAGUGCCGGAACGCAUUUAUAAUGGAAUUAUAAUACGACCCGAAAGUUAAAAAACAUGUGUGCUGUGGUGUAACGGGCUGUUGUCCGCAACUCUUCGUCCAGGCGCCUAUUUUGCGUGUUAUAAACAUGAAUUCAGUCCAGUCUGCACGUCUGCAAUUAAGGCGUGCAUUCGUGAUCAACUGCUUGCAGUCGAGACGUCGACUACAUGCAGUCAAGGCUUCAACUGCGUGCAGUCGAUUGUUCAACUGCAAGCGUCGGCUGCAGUCAAUAUAAACGAUAAUCCGAGAAUCAAAAGUAGCAGUGACAUUCUUAAGGGAAUAUAUGAUUUUUGAAACUUUUCACUUUUUUUUUGUAACGCGCCUUUGUUUACAUUUUUGAUCACAAAUUCGGCCUCAGUAUUGUUGGGUAUUGCGGACGUGAAGUCCUUGAUAAAUUAAAAUUGUGGAUUUCGAUAGUAAUACAUUUAUUUCCAUAAUAAAAAGUAAGCUAUUAGAAUAAAAAAUGUUCUGAGUACAUUGAUAAAGUACAAACAACAUCUUUUGAGAUCAACAAAUACACAGACCUCCUGAAAUAGGCGCCGGGCGUUAACAGGUGUAGUACAUAUCGAAUUCGCUCAUGCGGACUUCUCUUGUAGCAGCCUAAGCUUUAUAUUUGAGAUCAUUUUUAAAUCCCUCUCAAUCAAUACAGUCUCGUUAACUUGAGUGGUGUCAUUCAAGAUGCCAAUAACUAUAGACUACUAAAACAAGAGAACAUGAAGUGCUUCCGAGAUCUUAUUUAAAUAUGCCUUUAUUUCAAAAGGUAAGCAAAUUACUCUUGAAAUCGAAACAAUCAAUUCUAUUAAUUCUUUAACUGCAUCCGUGGAACGCAAAGGUCCCAGGUUCGAUUCCCGGGCUUAUAAUUGGUGGUUGUCUAUAUGUGUGCCGAUGGCAGUCGCGACACAGGGUUUCCCUAGUGCGGGGCUACGAGUGCUUACGCGCUGUGCGCGCGUUAUUCGUAUGGUAGAUUCCCCUGAGAAGAAUAAGUAAGAAAGUUCGGGUAUUUCACUGCUAUUACAAUAGUGUUGUAACUCAAAAUAGGUGAUUUUCAUGAUCAUACUAUUGUUUAACGCAAAAUUUGAAUACAAGUUUUUGGUGAGCUAGUUCUCAACAAAACAGCCCUUACCCAAAAUUAUUAAAUUAUAUCCCCCUUUUUUAAUAUAUUUGGCAAAUAGGAAAUUAAGAUCCGGUCGAAUCGGUUCGGAACUUUGUUAUUAAUAAUAACAAACUAGUGAAGCAAUUUCACAAAAAAAAAAAUUGAAUAUCAUGAUAGUAAAACAUCGUGACAUU